UCCGGGUCCUGUCCCCGUGGCGUCUCACAAGCUAACGCUAGCUAGCGAGCUGUCAAGCUGUCAAGUGGAGAGGCUGGGGCAGACGGUUCAGGUUCCCUCCCUGGCUUGGCCGUACACUGAUUCUCCCCCUCAGAAACACAAGAGCCGAGCUUAUUCUUUUGCUCACCAGCUGAGAUAAUGUAAUGCAAAACGGGAGCGCGUAAAGAGGGAGCACAGUUCCAGAGUUUAUAUGCACUGAGUGUUGAGUGACGACAGUUCACUGCUAGCUGUAGGCUAGCUAGCUUAGCCACCGCUAACCCUUACAUUUCGUCGUUGAACACCUUCUGGUGGUAACUGCGGACACUCUGUCCCUACUGCACAUUGCGUUGCUGUCAUCUGAUAAUUUAUCUGCUUGGUUGUUUGAGGGACACAAUGGGGGCAUUUCUGGACAAACCAAAGAUGGAAAAGUACAAUUCCCAUGGCGAGGGUAACAACCUGAGGUAUGGGCUGAGCAGCAUGCAGGGUUGGCGGGUUGAGAUGGAAGACGCACACACUGCGGUGAUCGGUCUGCCCCACGGCCUCGACCCCUGGUCGUUUUUCGCCGUGUAUGACGGGCACGCCGGCUCUCAGGUUGCUAAGUACUGCUGCGAGCACCUGCUGGAGCACAUCACUAGCAACUCAGACUUCCAAAGCGCCAUACAGGAGGACACCAGCGUGGACAGCGUGAAGAAUGGCAUCCGCACGGGAUUCCUACAGAUCGACGAACACAUGCGAACCAUCUCGGAGAAGAAGCACGGCGUGGACCGCAGCGGCUCCACCGCAGUAGGCGUGAUGAUCUCGCCAAGCCAUAUCUACUUUAUCAACUGUGGAGACUCGCGGGGUCUCCUCAGCAGGGGGGGAGCCGUGCACUUCUUCACACAGGAUCACAAACCGAGCAACCCGUUGGAGAAGGAGAGGAUCCAGAACGCUGGUGGCUCGGUCAUGAUCCAGCGAGUUAACGGCUCCCUCGCUGUGUCUAGAGCCCUGGGUGACUUCGACUACAAGUGUGUCCACGGAAAAGGCCCGACGGAGCAGCUCGUUUCCCCAGAGCCUGAGGUGUACGCGAUAGAAAGAAGCGAGGGGGAAGAUGAAUUUAUUAUACUUGCUUGUGAUGGCAUCUGGGAUGUCAUGGCCAACGAGGAACUCUGUGACUUUGUGAGGUCAAGGCUGGAAGUUACAGAGGAUCUUGAAAAAGUCAGCAAUGAGAUUGUUGACACUUGCUUGUACAAGGGGAGCCGGGACAAUAUGAGUGUUGUGUUAAUCUGCUUUCCUGGGGCCCCGAAGGUUUCUCCAGAAGCUGUGAAACGUGAGGCGGAGCUGGACAAAUAUCUUGAAACCAGAGUAGAAGAGAUAAUCAAAAAGCAGGGAGAUGAAGGCGUCCCAGAUUUGGUCCAUGUUAUGCGGACGUUAGCGUCUGAGAGCAUCCCGAACCUCCCCCCUGGUGGAGAGCUGGCCAGCAAACGAAGUGUUAUUGAAGCAGUGUACAACAAACUUAACCCGUACCGAAGCGAUGACACUGACUCGGCAUCUACAGACGACAUGUGGUAACACACCCUCCUACCACUAACACAACAUAGAGUUUACAAACCACCAUCCUCUCAAGACCCACAGCAGCUCAGCUCAGCAGUCUGUCUCUCCGUCACUCUGAGCUUUUGGUUUCUAAGAAGGGAAUACAUGGGAGGAGGAGGAGGAAGAGGAGGAAGAGUUGCAUGCACACAAACCUGGAAUAGUGCAGCACCAGUCCACUCUGGAGUUCAGGAUCCCCACCAUCUUGCACCAUCUUGUCUCCCUUUUUAUGUUCACCCUCCUUAUUAUUCUUCUCUAAAAGUAAUCCACAACAAGUGAGUCCACAAGUUUUUUUUUGUUCAUUUUUUUUUUGUUAAAUAAUCCGCCUAAAUAGUAGAUUUUCUUUUGCUGUAAUUAAUUUGAUUCACAUUUCCUUGUGUGUUUGUAUAUUUCUGUUUUUGUGAAGUGCAAUUGUCCUGUACAAACAGCCUGUAUUUAAUGCAGCUUGAUUUUAAGUUUAAGAACGAGAGAGGGGGGAAAAAAUGAAAGAAAUGGGAAAAAAAGAGAACUUUUUAUGCACUAUCUGCCUUUUUCUGCUCUUCUGAAAUUCAAAUGUUUAUUCAGUGAAUAUUACCGCAGCGUCCGCAAGGCACAAUGUCUCUGCUUUUUACUUUCCCUCUGCAACACUUUCCUGUCUCUCCCCUUCGGUUAGUCUAUGCUCCUUUAAGAAACGGGUAAAUUGUAUAAUUGACAGCACAGUAAGCUCUUACAUCAAACAGUUGAAAUCCUGAUCAAUUUUGUUAUUUUACUUUCAUAACAGGUUUUCUGUACACUCUAAUAAUAAUAAUAAUAAUGGCAGUUUGACAGAAUGAAGUGGAAAAAUCUUUCUUUUUGUCCAUUUUUUAAGAGGCAUUUACCGACUGGUGUUGACUGUGGAUAGAUGCUUGCAGGUGUGUGUGUGUGAAGGUUGUUGUAUGGAGCUGGAGUUUAAGGGAAAAGUCGCCCCCCAGAAACCGCCAUGCUUCAACUCGGAACAGCUUUGGAUAAUAAAAUAUAUAGAUGCUGUUAUUCUGUAAUGAACUAAGUUAACCCGAAUUGGCCUGAAUUUAUAAAUAUAUUGUGUCAUAUUUAGAAAAACUAAUCCCUAAACAUCCAAGUAGACCACUAUAGGUGCCAUAUGUAAUUUUAAUCUUUAUUACAGCUUAUGCCAAUUAAUUUCUGUGGUUUCCUCGUCAGAUAAUUUGAUUUGAACUGUUUUAAGCACUGAUUUUCUAGGAUUAAUGUUUUAAAAAGAGAAACUAUUGGCUCUUAUAUUAAUAAGACUAUUUAUUUCUCCUGGUCUUUAUGUGAACCAAGAACAAAUGCAUCACUUAAAUCUGUCCUGCUUAACCAAUAAACCACAGCAGAGAGUGUUAUGUGGGUUAAUUUUUUAAAAAUAUAUAUAGAUAUAUAUUUCUAAUUUCCCCCAGAAAAUAACUAGAUAAAUCACUGACUAAACAUGUAUUUAACAACACAGUAGAUGAAUUUCUUGAAGAGAAAUGCUUUAUUUCAGAUUUCUGCCAUUUUCUUUUUUGUCUUGCAUUGUUAUGAAUUUUUUUGUAUGUAUAUAAUAUUUCUGGCCUAAUUUUUUUGAGGAAUAAAUCAUUUCGCUUGAG